GUGGUCGGACAUUAAUCAAAACAGGAAAACGCCGAGAAAUGAAAAUACAAGUAGAUCUCGAGGUAAAUUUUCAAACUUUUGAAGUCUUGUAAUCUAGAAUGUAAUAACCCAUCAACUAAUCAUUUCAGAGUCCAAGUUGAACACGUUCGUGGAUCAGUUACAUGCAAGAAAUCAAUUGAUUCCGGCAACGCCAGGAAGAAAACGACUUUUGGUAAAUAUAUAAGUUACCUAAAGUAAAUGACAAAAUAAAAUAUCUUAUUCCAAACCAGCUUUGGGACUUCCUUGGGAAAUUAACAUAGAAGCAUUUGUUAUAUAUAGUUUUAGGCAACUGUCGCAGUCGCUAGGAAUAGAACGUUGCUUUAACUAUAGGAUAUAUAACUCCAGAUAAAACAGCAACAACAACGACAACAACAACGACAACGACAACGACGACGACGACGACGCUAGCAACAACAACAGCAGCAGUAUGGACAGCACGAAGCCAAAAAGCGCUUCUGAAUGGCUGGAUAUCUUAAACAGUGAAUGACCGAUUGUCUACAAACGUAGCUCAAGUAGUGGGCGCAAAAUGUAUUAUCAGUGUUAAUACUUGUAUAUGUAAUAUGGGAUCUACAAUUCAGAUAUGUAUCUUCUAGGGUCAUUCUACUGGAACUGAUUUUGAGUUUUCGCGAUCUGGGACUGGGAGAAGCAUCCUCUCGCAAUACGAGUACAAAAGGAAAGCAAAGAUAUCACGUGUGAAUGUUCAACACACAGGUACUGAAGAAGAUAUCGAAGACUUUGAAGAUGACGAUUGGCAGGAGAUGGAUUUCUACGAAGAUACUAUAAAGACAGGUAAAUCACAUACUUUUAAGGUCUUGCAUGUUGGCACAGCGCAUGUGCCUUCACCUUUUCUUUAUAUAUUUCUUUGAAAUCUUACGAAUAUUGAUCUAAUAAUAGAAUUGUGGUCAUGCAUGAAAGCAAUCUAUUUUGGUAUGCCUUUUAAUAAUUGGCCGGAAAAGUAGAGACUUAAAAGGCUAUAUUGUCAGUAUGCUGAUCUCAAAGCUCGUUUAUACCCUUGCAUUUUUCGCUGCCAUUUUGAUGGAUGUGAACGAGUGGAUGAGUUAUGAGAAUGUUAAGUUCAAGGUAUACGUAUACUCAGGACAUUCAUAACUUAUCUUUCACAUGCAUCAGGAAAAGGAUAUCACAGCAAGAAUUUCAAGUAAAAACUGGCCUUAUGAGAUGUUUUGUAUGAAUUAUAUAGUAUCAAGGUACAAACACAUGCUCAGAUAAGCUCGGUGUGUUUUGCAUCAGCGUAGAAAACAAUCGAUAGACUGUGCAUAUUUCGUCAUUUGCGUGACGUCAUACUCAAACUUUUAAUUUUCAUUUGUUAUGUUAAUUUCAUCUUUGUUCAAAGGCUUAGUUCGAAUUGAUAAAAAAUGCAAAAGAACAAAAUUGAAGCAAAUAUGUCAAACUCUCACAUAUAUAGAGUGAAAGCGUGUACAACUAUAUCAGUGACUGCAUGGUUUUGGUUCAGGAAAUGCAAAAGAGAGUGUUCGAUAAAGCAAAUUAUAUAGUUUCGCUUAUCUCAAUGUUGCCACCACCUCGAAGAAGCACCUGAAGAUUCAUUCACUGGAUGAAACAGGCUGUAGUCACAACUGUAUAGACUCUAAACUAUAAGUGAUAUGUUUUAGGGAAUCCUGAUAAGAUUGACCUGACUGGUGAGAUCUGGGACCAGGAUUUCGACAAUGAAGAUGAUGACUGGUAUCUAGAAUUUGGCUUUCUGGAUGAUAAACCCAAACAAUCAAAAAGAGAUGAGUCAACCGAACCACCAUUACCAGAUACCAAUGUACACUUUUAUCAUCAAAAGAAAUACCAAAAUAGUACAAUCUCAAACCAAGGACAGUUAAAACCAAAUACGACCGGUAGUUAUCCCGGAAACCAAACACAAGUUAGACCAACAACAACUGACGAGUCUAUGACAAACGCCAAAUGUAAUUCGUUCCUACGGCCCGAUUUUACUCAGUGCAAACCAUCCUCUUUACUUAGCGAUAACAAGAACAAGCAAACCUUGGCAAACCAAUCAUCAACAACAGCGAAACUGCCACCCAAAGCAAGUCUUUACAAGUCAAACCUGUGGGAGUCAUCCAUCUCUUGUAACAAUAAUCCUGGACCAUCGAAAAACAUUCGUUUGUCAAAUUCCCCGAAGUGUAAAUCAAAUUUCAGUUGGUCAACUAAUCCUGGUUCACCCAAUGAAUCUUUGACAAAACCAUUACCUUGUAAAAUCAGUCUACAUGGGGACUUUUUGACGGCGGCUGAUGUGGCAGAAGCGAGAAGGAAACGGCAAAAUGAAAUGAGCUAUCUAGGAAGGUCGGUUCACAUGAAUGACUUCAGCUCUAAUGGCCUCGGGAAGAAUCAACCUAGUAUUUUUUACAGUGGAACUCAAAAGGAAGGUUAUGGCCAAGAACAAGAAGGAGCAGUACAAACACGGUUACAGGAAUCUUUGCCACGAAGUCAAUAUUUUAAUAGCAAUGCUUAUUUUGGUGGAAAUAAAAUUAAUACACACAUCACCAGUAAACCCAGCAACACUUUGUCGACUGACCAAGAUAUGAUCUCUCCACAAACACAACGUUUAUAUGACGGAGAACAACGCAUGCAUCAGUCUAGCCCAGAAUGGGAAAUGGGUCCAGAAUACGGCACACUUCCAAGCAGUGACACACAAAAAUUAAUGACUGAAGCCCAAAAGCUGGCCAGAGUAGAAGAUACUGCAAAAACAAAGUCGUUUCAUAAGUCCGUACAUGUCAGUGUCCUCCAAGAAAGAUCCAACAAUGCUAAGUGUGACAGAGAAUGGGGCAUAUCGCGUGGUGAGGCAGCCAAUACAAAUACCUGCGGAAAACAAGUUACGAAUUCAGUUGGUUCAAUAAGGUGAGCAGCUGCAAUGCUUUGAUAUAGCAAGAUACUUUUCAACGAUUGUGAGAUAAGAUAGCCUCCAGGACAUCGGUGUAGUGGACUCGAACACAAGCCAUAGAGAAAGCAGUGUCAUAUUCUUAUGUGCUGUCACUACGGCAGUCAUGCAUGCUUGAAACAUCGAAAUAUUCUGAAUCUUUUUCAGGUAGUACAGACAUCAACCAUGCACGGAGAUUAUUGUAAAACAUUACUUGCAUAUUAGUGUCUUUAUAGCGUAUUAGAUCCCUAUAGCAUCCUUUAAAGUGACCAAUGCAUGGUAACAUUACGGACGGACCAUUACUAUUAUAUAAGAAAGUUUUAAAAAAUUGUUUGCAAGAACAAAAAGAUCCAAAAAGGUUGUUUAUACGUUAUGAGAAGCGAAAGAAUUAGUCUCCAAACUUAAUAAACUUUUAUUGGCUGGACAACUAACUAAAAUUAUAUGUAUAUAAGCAGGAGACCUAGGAAGCAGCCGCAAAAAAUUGUUUGCAAAAUUGUUUGUUGAAGAAAUGUUCACACCCCAUUCACUUCCAAAAAAAGGUGCUUUCCUUUGCUUCAAGGAUAUUUUGUUGUUGGCAAUUGAGAAUUUAGAAGUUCGGUUACACAAAAGCUUGAUGUUUAGACGGAAAUGCACGACUACGUUAUUCACAAAAUGUCACUCAAUAAUAGUUUUCUAUUUUUUUAGUUUUAAUUCUUCACAAUGUUAUUUGAACGCAUUCUCGGGUGUAAGGUAUGAUAUGGAUUGGCUUUAUUAAUUAACUAUCUUGCCCUUGCUCGACUACGCUAAGUAUGGCAACUUGCAUGGUCACUCCAGGUGCAUGUCGCAAUAUGUACAUAUGGAUUUUCAGGACUGUUGUUUCAGUUCCUUCACUUCCUUGUAUGCAUGCAAAGUGCAUUCGUUCACAUUAUAAAUAUAUCUAUAGCUACCAAUCCUGACACAAAUCCUGCUAGCCUGCGCUCAGACUUAAUGGUUAGGGUUAAAAUAUGAUCACAAGGGCCACAAGUUUAUCACGCAGUUUCCACUAUUAUAUAUGUUUUACCCUUGGUAAAUAAAGACAUUCUGUUAUGUUACACAAGGUAGCAUACUGUAUGAGGAUAUUCGUCAUCUGCCUCAGAUUUUGAUUCUGAUGUUGAUAUCUUUGACUCUGCCGACCACAAGCCGUCCCCCGGUUGGGAUAGGUUCAGGGUGUGGGGAGAGGGUUGGGUACCAACAAAUAAGAAAGCACGCCUGUGUGAUUAUAUACAUCAUAGAUUCAUGGUUUGUCGUAUAUCAUCAUAACAACGAACGCUGUUGUAUGACAUUAUAAAUUUUUCAAAGACAGAAUUUCAUUUAAAAGACUUCUCUCCAAAACGUUUUGUGGCGUCUGAAAUCUGAAUGCAUUGCAUGACCACUACGCCACCAACACUUCAAAUGUUAACAGGAAAAGUGUCUGACCUUUUUCGGGGGUCUUUGUUCGCCUAAUUUUACCCUCUGUUCCAAUUCCGGAGCACGUUAGUAAUUUCUGAAAAAAUUCCUUGGUAUUUUCUGGAGCACCCACAAGGAAAACGCGACCAGCGUAUUUUAAUGUUAUAUUUUAUAUUUUCGGCAACUAGUAACUGCACAUUUGUAUUUUAAGAACUGCAAUUUAAACUAUUGCAAUUUGUGUAGAACUGCAGAUUAAAAAUCCCUGUCAGCAAAGAUAACUGACGGACUGAAAACGAACUAUAUGGCGGCCUUUUCUCGCCCGACUAGUCGAGUAGUUCUCGUUUUCAAUCCGUCAAAUAUAUUUGCAAUCAUUCAAGUUUAUGUAUUAGCUAGUUUUAAAUCAUUCACAGUAGAAUAGCACCGAACAAAGAUUUUUUAUUGUUAUAUUUUACUUCUCAGUGAUCACUUUCAUAAAACAGUAACAAAAGCCUGACAUUAUCCCGAAGCCUAGACUUAAAGGAUUGGUGUCACCACGCCAGGAAUUCGCGGCUCAAACUCCUGCUGCCUGGCGGCCAUUUUUCGGGACUAAUAGAUUAGAUGAUCUGGAAAGUUUUUACAAUCCGUCAUAUAUUUAAACCAUCUUUUUAUAAUCCUUGCUCUUUUUGUCUGAUUUUUUUCAGAAAUGUACCAAACAAGGUAUUUUUAUCGCUAUUUGUUGUAUUUGAGUAAAAUGUAAACAAUAACAAAAGCCCGCAAUGCAUGACCCUGACACUAAUCCUUUAAUUUUAGCAUGAAUUGAUUUGGUUGAACAAACCAUAGAAUAAUGACGUUGUUCAAUUUAUAGCGGAAUAUGACAUUCAAUUUGGGACUUUGUCACACUAAUUCGUGCAGUUAAACAGUUUCAGUUGACUUGCAUGUUAUAAGAUGAAAUAUUUUUUCUAUUAUAGCGAUGACGAAGAAGAGAAUCAAGAUGCGUUUAAGAAUAUAUUUACUGAUGUUUUUUAAUAAAUUAAUGAACAUAAAUUUAUCAUAUACGUUCAAAUAAUGUUGUAAAAUCCACUUUAGCUUUAUUUUGUUGGAUUACGGUUUUUGCUCAUCAAUGUUGGAGGGCGCGAGAGGGAAAAAAUAAAAAUAAAGUAAAAAAGUAUGCACACGUGCGAGGCAAUUCUCUCGCCCGGAAAACGCAAC